AUGAAUCAUGACCUGAGCUGAAGUCAGACGCUUAACUGACUGAACCAUCCAGGUGCUCCUGUGCACUAUGUUUCUAAGGCUUUUAUAACUUUCUCUUACAUUUUGUGGGUUUUGACUAAGCCAGAAGCACUACUAGGGCAUGACCUCUUUUUAAGGUUUUCAGACCACUCAGGUAGAAAAUUCAUGUAAAAGCUAAUUUGGGGAUAUUAUAUCUCCAGGGAGAUUUGUUUUACUCCCUCCCCCUCUCAAGUGUGAAAGGCAAUUUUCCUUGCAUUUUGUGAGUGGAUGGGGGAAGGGGGUAAAGUGGAUUGUUUCUAGUUCGUCCUUCAUGAACUUGAUGAAAAUACAGGUUUUCCACCACACGGUCCACUUAGGAAAGGGCUUUUUCUUCUUCCCGUCUACCCCCAAAUCUGUUUAUUUUACUUGGUUAAGCAAAUACUCUGAACCAACCUGUGCUUGCUUACCUUGCCAGCUUCUCAUUUUCCCUUCAUUUUGGGACUCUUGUAUGUGUCUUUCACUUAGCACAUCGAUGUAUUUUUGAAAACGUUCAUGGUAUUUGACAUAUCUUAAUGGUUUUCUGCAAGGGAGUUGUUCUAAGGCAUUCUGGGAAAGAAUUUACAGCCUGUACUGGCUGUGUCAUGCACGUCGUUCUCUGUGCCUUGCUUGCGGUUCUUUGCCCUGUAUUCGUGGGAGGUAAUGGCUAGAUUGUCUCAUUUAAUGGCAGCUGGGGUUUCUAAGGAAACCUAUGGAAAGUGUAUAGUCCAUCCUGGAAAAAUGCUCUAUGAAUACAAGCUAAUAUUGUAUUUUGAACUGAAAACGCACACAUUUGUAUGCCUCGUCCAUCCAAGCCCUCCAAGUCACAAACACUGGUGUAAGAGCAUAGUUAUUGUAAGACGUGGGGUUGAAAAGAAAUCUGCUUUAGUUUAUUGCGAUAGACUUAGUAAAAUACACAUGAACAAUGUCAGCAUGCUUAAAGUGUAUUUUAAAAUCCUCCUCGUUCAUAGAGAUUGUUUUCUUCUGAUCUUUGUAUUUUAAAAAUGUUAAAACCCCACGUAUUUAAGUUUGAACAUUUUGCCAAAAGAGGGCAGUAUUCACCCGCAGUAGCAUGAAAAGGGACUGAAAACUUACUGGAAAGGAGGCGAGUGAAUUUAUUUUUCCUCAUAAGGUUGAUAAAGUUUGACCAAACUAGACCUUCAAUGCCUAGAUUUGUCUGCCAGUCUGGUUCUCUGGGAUGGUUGCCCCAGUGGGACCAUCCCACAUUUUCAUGUGUUUUUCUAUUACUUUGACAUUUUUUUAAGUGCUAGUUCAGGGGGAAGAGUUGUUUGAAAACUUUAAGGAUAAAACCAAAAACCUUUCCCAAAUACCUGCUUAGAGUGACCCAAAAAGCACGUGUGUAAGGCGUGGUCAUUGAAGUCUGUCCCGGCCCGUGUCUCAGGGCCACUUCCCUCAGGGACCCGUGGCCGGUUAAACCCGAAAAAUGAGGCUCCGGCCGGCCGUGGGGCACCGGCCCCGAGGUGGCUCGGCCUUGUACUUUGCGCGUUUGUUUUUCUAUCAGCUUGUCCCCUCUGCGCGUUGGUACAGGAGUUCGCGGUGUAAACACACAGCCUUGAACGUUAACUAUUCAAGGAGGAAAUCGGAAGUAGCUGCUUUGAAUCUCAAGAGUGAGGUGCUUUGGGUUUCAGGAGUGGAAUGCGCAGGAGGCAACGAAACCGAUUUCUGGAAGCACGGGAAAACGUGAGCCUGGACCCGCGAAUUAGAACCCUGCCUGCCCUUUAGGGUUUGGCGAUAUUACGGGAUAAAAAGGAAAGCCGUUGUGCACUGGUUCAGUGCAUCACGAAUCCACUCGAGCUUCAGAAGGACAGACAGCUCGGGGCCGGAGGCCCGGGCUUACGUAACGCGCAGUGGAAGCCACUUUGGAAAAGCUUUACACUUGCGUUCCGCCGCCUGCGGCGCACGCUCGUUUCCCGAAGCGGCUCCGGCGGGGACGAGCUUCUCCGCGGCCCUCGGGGGGUGCGGCGCCCCCUAGAGGCGGCGGGCGCCCCCCGCCCUGUAACGUGAUCCCCCUGCUCCUGGAUUGGCCAGAAGCGGAGUUUUCCCCGGGAGCCGCUCGUAGCUGGGCUCCCAAGCCGGGCUCCCCACGACGGGCCCCGCACGGCAGCCGCCGCCGCCGCCGCCGCCGCCGCCACCGCCGCCACCGCCGCUUCGCUUCCGGCAGCGGAUGGAGCGAUGGCGCCCAGACUCCCCUGCUGGACCACUUGCUUCCUCCUGGUCGUGUGGUGCCCGCCCGCGCUCCCCUGCCCUAGCCGGUGCCUUUGCUCGAAGAGCACCGUCCGCUGCAUGCACUUGAUGCUGGAUCACAUUCCUCAGGUGCCGCAGCAGACCACAGUCCUAGACUUGAGGUUUAACAGAAUACGAGAAAUUCCUGGGAGUGUCUUCAAGAAACUUAAGAAUUUGAACACUCUUCUCCUGAACAACAACCAAAUCAGACAGAUUUCCAGAAAUGCUUUUGAAGGACUUGAAAAUUUACUUUACCUGUAUCUGUACAAGAAUGAAAUUCACGCCCUCGACAAGCAAACCUUUAAAGGACUCAGAUCCUUGGAACAGCUCUAUAUUCACUUCAACCAAAUAGAAACGCUACAGCCGGAGACCUUUGGAGACCUUGUGAAAUUAGAAAGACUGUUUUUGCAUAACAACAAAUUAUCGAAAAUCCCGGCCGGGAGCUUUUCUCAUCUGGAUUCAUUAAAGAGACUGCGUCUGGAUUCCAAUGCCCUAGUUUGUGACUGUGACUUAAUGUGGCUGGGGGAACUUAUGCAAGGCUAUGCCCGAAAUGGCCAAACUCAGGCUGCUGCUACAUGUCAAUAUCCCAGAAGGCUCCAGGGACGCUCCAUUGCUUCCGUAACCGUGGAGGAGUUCAACUGUGAGAGUCCCCGAAUUACUUUUGAGCCCCAGGAUGUGGAGGUAACAUCGGGGAAUACUGUCUACUUCACUUGCCGAGCAGAAGGAAACCCCAAACCGAAGAUUACUUGGAUACACAACAACCAUUCAUUGGAUUUGGAAGAUGAUACUCGACUUAACUUGUUUGACGAUGGGACACUCAUGAUCCGAAACACCCGUGAGUCGGACCAAGGUGAAUAUCAGUGCAUGGCCAGAAACUCAGCCGGGGAAGUCAAGACCCAGAAUGCCAUGCUCAGAUACUCCAGUCCUCCAGCCAAGCCUAGUUUUAUAAUCCAGCCCCAGGACACAGAGGUUUUAGUUGGCACGAGCACCACUUUGGAAUGUAUGGCCACGGGCCACCCACACCCCCAUGUUACUUGGACGAGGGGCAGCGGAGAGGCCCUGGAUGGAUCCAGGCACCUGGCUACUUCCGGAGGACUCUACUUGCAAAAUGUCACCCUGCAGGACCACGGUCGAUUUACCUGUCACGCCGCCAAUAAUCAAGGCUCUGUCCAAGCCACAGCGAACAUAAUUGUACAAGCUCCUCCACAAUUCACAAGAAUUCCCAAGGAUCAAAUGGUGCUAGAAGGACAUUCUGUAGAAUUUCUCUGUGAGGCUGAAGGCAACCCACCUCCAAUAAUUGCCUGGACCAAAGCAGGGGGGCAGCUCCCUCAGGAAGGUCCACAUGCAGUUCUCUCCUCUGGCACUUUGAGAAUUGACCACGCGGCACAUCAUGACCAAGGCCAAUAUGAGUGUCAGGCAGUCAGUCCAUUGGGAGUGCAAAAAGCGUCUGUCCAGCUGACUGUAAAACCCAAAGCUCUCCCAGUGUUUACUCAACUACCUCAGGACACGAGUAUACAGGUUGGCAAGAAUAUAAACAUUUCGUGUCAUGCUCGAGGAGAACCACAGCCCGUGAUUACUUGGAAUAAGGCAGGUGUUCAGAUUACGGAGAGUGGUAAAUUCCAUGUCAGUGGUGAAGGCGUGCUCACCAUCUAUGAUGCAGGGCAAGCAGACCAAGGAAAGUAUGAAUGUGUGGCUCGGAACUCAUUUGGCCUUGUUGCGGCCAACAUGUUUCUCACGGUCAUCGCAAUACAGGCUAGACAAGCUGGCGAUGACUUUGUUGAAUCAUCCAUUCUUGACGCGGUACAGAGGGUUGACAGUGCAAUUAACUCCACACGAAGACAUUUGUUUUCACAAAAGCCUCGCACCCCUGCUGAUCUGCUGGCUCAGUUUCGUUAUCCGCAUGACCCGUUUACUGUGGAGACAGCCAGAGCUGGGGAGAUUUUUGAGCACACGCUUCUGCUGAUCCAGGAACACGUGAAGCAGGGGCUCACCGUUGAUCUGGAAGGCAGAGAAUUCCGCUACAACGACCUGGUGUCCCCGCGCUACCUCAGCCUCCUCGCCAACCUGUCGGGCUGCACCGCGCACAGGCAGGUGCCCGACUGCUCGGACCUGUGCUUCCACCAGAAGUACCGAGCCGCGGACGGCACGUGCAACAACCUGCAGCACCCCGCGUGGGGCGCGUCCCGGACGGCCUUCGAGCGCAUCCUGAAGCCUGCCUACGACAACGGCUUCAACCUGCCGCGCGGCGCGGGCCGCCAGCCCCUCCCGUCGCCCAGGCUGGUGUCCACGGAGCUGGCGGCCACGGCCACGGUCACCCCGGACGACCGGUACACGCACAUGCUCAUGCAGUGGGGCCAGUUUCUGGACCACGACCUGGGCCACACGGUGCCCGCGCUGAGCACGGCGCGCUUCUCGGACGGGCGGCCGUGCAGCGCGGUGUGCACGAACGACCCCCCCUGCUUCCCCAUCCAGCUGCCCGACGGCGACCCCCGCCGCGCCCAGGCGGCCUGCCUGUUCUUCGCGCGCUCCAGCCCCGUGUGCGGCAGCGGCGCGACGUCGCCGGCGGCGAGCUCGGUGUACGCGCGCGAGCAGGCCAACCAGCUCACCUCCUACCUCGACGGCUCCAACGUGUACGGGAGCUCGGAGCGGGAGUCCCGGGCGCUCCGGGACCUGGCCGCGCCGCGGGGGCUCCUGAGGACCGGCCCGCCGUGGGCCCCCUCGGGAAAGCACCUGCUGCCCUUCGCGCCGGGCCCGCCCACCGAAUGCGGCGGGCCCGGGCGGGCGGGCCGCAGCCCCUGCUUCCUGGCCGGGGACCACCGGGCCAACGAGCAGCCGGCGCUCACGGCCAUGCACACGCUGUGGCUCCGGGAGCACAACAGGCUGGCCUCGGAGCUGCGCGCCCUGAACCCCCACUGGGACGGAGACACCCUGUACCACGAGGCCAGGAAGAUCGUGGGCGCCGAGCUGCAGCACAUCACCUACAGCCACUGGCUGCCCAAGAUCCUGGGGGAGCCGGGCAUGAGGCUGCUGCGGGGGUACCGGGGCUACGACCCCAGUGUGAACGCGGGCAUCCUGAACUCCUUCGCCACCGCGGCCUUCAGGUUCGGCCACACGUUAAUCAACCCGGUCCUGCAGCGGCUGAACGGCAGCUUCGGGGAGAUCCCCGAAGGCCACCUGCCACUGCACAAGGCCUUCUUUGCGCCGUCCAGGAUAAUCGAGGAGGGCGGGAUAGACCCCCUCCUUCGGGGGCUGUUUGGCACGGCGGCCAAACUGCGGGUGCCGUCCCAGCUGCUGAGCCUGGAGCUGACCGAGAAGCUCUUCUCCAGCGCCCGCUCCGUGGCCUUGGAUCUGGCGGCCACCAACAUCCAGAGGGGGCGGGACCACGGCAUCCCCCCCUACGCCGACUUCCGGGUGUUCUGCAACUUGAGCUCGGCGGAGAGGUUCGAGGACCUUCGGAACGAGAUUAAAGACGCAGGGAUUCGGCAAAAACUGAAAAAGUUGUACGGCUCUCCAGGCAACAUUGACCUCUGGCCCGCCCUCAUGGUUGAAGACCUGAUCCCUGGUACGAGAGUGGGACCAACACUUAUGUGCCUGUUUGUUACCCAGUUUCAGCGGCUAAGAGAUGGAGAUAGGGAGCUCUGCCGCUGCGCUGUCGCCGCUGGGCCCGCAGCUCAGGGCCCUUCUGGGAGCCUCACUGCACGCCUCUCCCUGCUGGCCACCAGGUUCUGGUAUGAGAACCCCGGAGUGUUCACCCCCGCGCAGCUCACUCAGCUGAGGCAGGCGUCCCUGGGCCGCGUGCUCUGCGACAACGGCGACAACAUCCAGCAGGUGCAGGCCGACGUAUUCGUGAAGGCGCAGUACCCGCAGGACUACCUGAGCUGCAGCGAGAUACCGCAGGUGGAUCUGCGCGUGUGGCAGGACUGCUGCGAAGGCUGUAGGAGCAGAGGACAGUUGAGAGCAUUCGCACAAGAGUCUCGAAAGAAACGCUCUGCUCAAUACAGCUAUCCUGACGAGCAAGAUAAGGACUUACGUGAUCUGAGUCGUGGGCAACAAGAUCACUUGUCCGUAGUUGGAGAUGGUAGAAAUGUGACGUUUCUGGCAAAAACAGAGUUUGCCCAAGAUUUCAGCAAUUUUGCAGCAGAAAUUCAAAAAACCAUCAAAGCUCUCAGAGAACAGAUAAACAAGCUGGAGGCACGCCUCAGGCAGGCGGGAUGCACGGAUGAUGAAGGGAUUCAGAGGAGAGACCACGAACACUGGAUGAAAGACGACUGCAUUCGCUGUACGUGUAAGGCUUCCUUUUCCAUAGACUGGAGUGGAUGGCAGCCCAGUGACUGCAGAACUGGGUUCACAGCAUCUUAGCCUGACCAGCACAGAAACUCUGCACCUGCUCAGGCCUGGACCUCCUUGACUGCCGGGAGUACUAAGUAACUAACAAAGUCCACCGGUUAUUUUGUUCUUGACUAACAAGCAACCUUCUGAAGAAUUUGCUUGGAGACGGAAGUUCCCAAUGAUCGCAUAAGUAGAGAAGGUUUUGCUUGACAUUGGCCUGUCCUUAAAGCACGUUACAGAUCAGACUCUCUGCACCUUGAGAAGACAUCUCAAAAUAAAAGGGUGAGAGUCCGUUUCAGAAACUAAAGCAUCUCAGAUGUGAUCAGUGACUCAGAAAUCUCAUCCACCUACCUCUUUUUUAAGACCUUUUUCAAGUUCAAAAGAAGAAAAGUAGUUCUGGGUGACCACCAAAGACAGUUUCGCUCACUUUUCCAGGGGGAGAUAUAUCAAUAAACCAGAUCAUAUUUGACCAUUUAAGAUUUUUAAAAGGUCUGAGGGGCGCCUGGGUGGCUCAGUCAGUUGAGCGUC